CCCCAACCUUGUGGGACUAUGCACUCAGUCUGCGUUGGAGCACCCAGUGACCAGGAGUUUGGACCAGGAGUUUGGAGCAGGUCCGGACAGACGUCGCCGCCCAGAUGGCCUCCAGGCUGACCCCCCUGACCCUCCUGCUGCUGCUGCUGCUGGCUGGGCAUAGAGCCGCCUCAAAUCCUGAUGAUAGCAACCACAGCUUCACAGAUCCAGAGAGCUUGCAAGGAGAAAGCAAAGGAGACAUCUUGGACAUCUUGAAGGGAACUAUGCCCAAGACAGUAUCCAUUCAAGACACGGUGAGCUCUUCCACCUUGCCGGAAACCAAGGAGACCAACACAACAGUUAGUGCCACUUCGGGAUCUACCACUCAACCAACUACCCAGCCCACUACUGAGUUCGACUGCCCGGAGCCUGACAUCUCCUGCCCUGACUUGGGCAAUCACUCAGCAGAGAUGAUGUUGGGGGACGCUUUGACAGAUUUCUCCGUGAAGCUGUACCACGCCUUCUCAGCAGUGAAGAAACCCAGGAGCAACAUGGCCUUUUCCCCAUUCAGCAUCGCCAGCCUCCUCACUCAGGUCCUGCUUGGGGCUGGGGACAGCACCAAGAAAAACCUGGAGAGCGUCCUCUCGUACCCCAUGAACUUUGCCUGUGUCCACCAGGCCAUGAAGGCCUUUAGGUCCAAAGGCUUCAGCUCAGCCUCUCAGAUCUUCCACAGCCCAGACCUGGCCAUAAAGAACGCGUUUGUGAACGCCUCUCGGAGCCUGUAUGGCAGCAGCCCCAGAGUCCUGGGAAAUGACAGUCAAGUCAACUUGGAGCUCAUCAACGCCUGGGUGGCAGAGAACACCAACCACAAGAUCAGCCGGCUGCUAGACAGCCUGCCCGCCGACGCUCGCCUUGUCCUCCUCAAUGCCGUCUCCCUGAAUGCCAAGUGGAAGAAAACAUUUGAUCCGAAAAAUACCAGGAUGGAGCCCUUUUACGUUAAAUCCUCUGUGAAAAAAGUGCUCAUGAUGAGUAGCAAGAAGUACCCUGUGGCCCAUUUCACUGACCAGAUUCUGAAGGCCAAGGUGGGACAACUGCAGCUCUCCCACAACCUUAGCUUGGUGAUCCUGGUGCCCCAGGACAUGAAACAACAUCUUGAAGACGUGGAGCAGGCUCUCAGCCCCUCUGUCUUCAAGGCCAUCCUGAAGAAGCUGGAGAUGACCAAGAUCCAGCCUACUCUCCUGAUGAUUCCCCGAAUCAAAGUAAAGAGUAGCCAGGACAUGCUGACAAUCAUGGAGAAGCUAGAAUUCUUUGACUUUAGUUACGACCUCAACCUGUGCAGGAUGACUGAGGACCCGGAUCUUCAGGUUUCUGCGAUGCAGCACCAGAUCACGCUGGAGCUGAUGGAGUCCGGGGUGGAGGCGGCUGCAGCCACGGCUGUGUCUGUGGCCCGCAAUUUGCUGAUCUUCCAUGUGGAUCAGCCCUUCCUCUUCGUGCUCUGGGACCAGCAGCACAAGUUCCCUGUCUUCAUGGGGCGAGUGUAUGACCCCAUGGCCUAAGACCUGCAGGGGACCGGGCAACGGCAAGCCCUACCCCUCAAACCUCAGCUCUCCACUUGCAGCCCUGCUGCUGCCUGCCUGGGCUUGCCCCCAGCCACCUUGCACCUUGGGUCCUUUGCCCUCCACCUGAAGGGUUCCCUCAGGGUCUUGUGAAAGGACCUGCUUUUGUCAUCCCUGUGACUCUUUAAAUCACUCUCUGCAGCUUUGUCUGGUACAAGUACACAGACUCUACAAAUAAAACCUGGCAGACCAUGA